CUUGGUCUGUUGGAGGAGUGGAGGAUUGGAGUCGCGUGCUGCUGUAUUUUCACAUUGAGCUCGUAAUACUCUUCAUUGGAACUAUGACUCGAAUAUCAGUCUGUCUGAUCCUGUGAGAGCCGAACUGAAGACACGGAAGGUGCUGCGGGUGUUUGUUUCGGGAUAUUUCACGUGCUUUAGACACAUUUAACUCGUGCUGAUUUCAGUCUCGUGGAGGAGUGGAUUGGAGUCGUCGCGCGCUGCUGUCAGUGACAUUGGUCUUGUGAAAGUCGUGACUCUGAUAUAAUUCUAUGUUAUGGCUUCCAAAAGGAUCAUUGCAUUUAUCAAGACUGCUAUUUGGCUUUAAAGCGAACAGCGUAGGUGAUCGGUCACUGGAAGAGCAAAUGCUGGGGAGCUGAUACAGCUUAUUUGAUCGUCACUGUUUUAUAUAAACUCGUCUUACACGCACUGUCAGUGAGAUGUCUUUGGUUUUCCCACGACCCAAUACCAGUGUGAUCGGCAAGAAGGACAAGCGACUGAUGGCUGAGGUGAACGCUUCCCCGCUCAAACACUUUGUCACCGCCAAAAAGAAGAUCAACGGCAUCUUUGAACAGCUGGGGGCUUACAUCAAAGAAAGCUCAGCCUUUCUGGAAGAAACUUACAGCAAUGAAGAACUGGAUCCUGUUACCACAGAGGAGCAGGUGGCGGAGGUGCGGGGAUACCUGUCCAAAGUGGCAGGGAUUGGGGAAGUCUUGUCCCGGAGACACAUGAAGGUGGUCUUCUUUGGCAGAACCAGUAACGGGAAGAGCUCCGUCAUUAACGCCAUGCUCUGGGACAAAGUGCUGCCAUCUGGAAUCGGACACACCACCAACUGCUUCUUACGGGUGGAAGGCACCGAUGGCAAUGAGGCUUUCCUGCUCACCGAAGGAUCGGAUGAAAGAAAAAGUGUUAAAACGGUGAACCAGUUGGCCCAUGCAUUACAUCAGGAUGAGGAUUUGGAUGCUGGCAGUCUUGUGUGUGUCAUGUGGCCUAAAGCAAAGUGUGCAUUGCUCCGUGAUGACCUGGUACUUGUGGACAGCCCUGGUAUCGAUGUCACAACCGAGUUGGACAGCUGGAUUGACAAAUUCUGCCUUGAUGCUGAUGUUUUUGUGCUGGUGGCAAAUUCAGAGUCAACUUUAAUGCAAACGGAAAAAUCAUUCUUUCACAAAGUGAACGAGCGUCUGUCCAGUCCCAAUAUCUUCAUCCUGAACAACCGCUGGGACGCCUCAGCCAGCGAGCCUGAGUACAUGGAAGAGGUGAGACGGCAGCACAUGGACCGCUGCUCUAGUUUUUUAGUGGAUGAGCUGCGGGUGGUGGAUCGCGCUCAGGCCAGUGAUCGAAUCUUCUUCGUCUCUGCUAAAGAAGUUCUGCAGGCACGUGUCCAGAAAGCACAGGGAAUGCCUGAAGCAGGUGGUGCUCUAGCUGAAGGUUUUCAAGCGAGAAUGUUUGAGUUUCAGAACUUUGAAAGACGUUUUGAGGAGUGCAUCUCCCAGUCAGCAGUGAAGACUAAGUUUGAGCAGCACACAAUGAGAGCCAAGCAGAUAUCUGAAUCUCUGCGUCUGAUCAUGGACUCUGUGCACAUUGCAGCUCAAGAGCAGAGGAUUCAUUGUUUAGAGAUGAAGGAGGAGAGGGAGGACAGGCUGGAGUUUAUUGAUAAACAGCUGGAUCUGCUCACACUGGACUGCAAGAGCAAAAUCAAAAAGAUUACAGAGGAGGUCGAGAAACAGGUAUCUAAUGCUAUGGCCGAGGAGAUCCGGAGACUGGCUGUACUAGUGGAUGACUACCACAUGGACUUUCAUCCUUCACAAGUGGUGCUCAAAGUAUACAAGAAUGAGCUCCACAGGCACAUAGAGGAUGGUCUUGGCAGGAAUAUGUCAGAGAGAUGCUCCAGUGCGAUAACUGCAGCGUUGCAAACCACACAGACUGAAAUGAUAGAGGGUCUGAAGCCUCUGCUGCCCAUUGGCAUUCGAGAACAGGUGGACAAGAUUGUGCCAAGACAGUGCUUCGCCCUCAGCUAUGACCUCAACUGUGACAAACUCUGCAGUGACUUCCAGGAAGACAUCAGCUUUCACUUCUCCCUGGGGUGGACCAUGCUGGUCAACCGCUUCCUGGGUCCCAAAAACACACGCCGCGCCCUCAUGGGCUACAAUGACCAGGUUCCCAGGCCUCUGGCCAUCACUCCGGUCAGCACCAGUAUGCCUCCUUUCCCUCAAGGAUCCAUGACCCAGGAAGAGCUUAUGGUUUCUAUGGUAACAGGAUUGGCAUCACUCACCUCUCGGACAUCAAUGGGCAUUAUAGUUGUUGGAGGAGUGAUCUGGAAAGCAGUGGGCUGGAGGCUCAUUGCUCUGUCUGUGGGUCUCUAUGGACUGCUGUACGUGUAUGAGAGACUCACAUGGACCACUAGGGCCAAAGAGAGAGCGUUUAAAAGACAGUUUGUGGACUACGCCAGCGAGAAACUACAGCUCAUCGUCAGCUACACGGGGUCCAACUGCAGCCAUCAGGUUCAGCAGGAGCUGGCCAGCACCUUCUCUCAGCUGUGUCAGCAGGUGGACGUUACCAGACAGCAGCUGGAGGAUGAAAUCCGGGAUCUGAACAGCAAGAUCGAACAGCUGGACUCCCUGCAGAGUAAAGCUAAACUGCUCAGGAAUAAAGCUGGCUGGUUGGACAGUGAACUAAACAUGUUUACCCAGCAGUAUCUUCAACAAGGCCGAUAGAGAGAGAGUGUGUAGAGCAGCUCAUCUCCCCACUGCUGCACUUUUAAUAUCUAACACUAAGACAUGCUUUCAGCCAUUUAUUUGAGCAUACCAAAUAUUGGUCAUUUCAUGUUUGUUUGUUAGUUUUUUGCCUUUGAGAGUAGUGACAUGCACCACUUUGAAGAGAGCUCCCUUUUGUUUUUGUACAAACUCUUUCUUUUGUAUUUAAUACAGGGUUAAUUAUUUAUUCUUGACAUGCGGUCGUGUAAAGUGGUUGAUCUCUUAGAUUGUGUUAAAGAUUCCCAUACAGAUUUUCUUGGCAUGCCAUAGCAAGUUGCAAAAAGUGAGAUGUCCAUUUUAAACGGUCUCUCGCAUGCCUUGUAUUUAGUCUGACAGUGUGCUGUAAGGCCAUGAAUUUAACGUGGAAUUCUCCUCUUUGGUCUUUGUCACAACUCUACUAGGUUUGACAUAUGUAACGUUAAGCAAGCGUUCCACUCUGAGUGUUUGAUGGUGUGUGGCGGAUUGUCACCGGGAUGCUGUAAGGAGGCUGAUCUCACUCAGUGAAUUCAGUGAAAAUGAAAACUAUUCAAGUUAUAUUUUUUGUCACCCUGUUCUAAAUGUAUUGAUCUGGCUGACACUUUUGGGAACAUGUUCAAAAAAUGAAGUUUGAAUAUAUGCCCAUUUUCUAGACAACUAUUUUUUUUUAAGUUAAGUAUUUUUUUUGUGAGAAAUGUGACUUAAUGAAAUCAGCAAUAUUUUGGUGCCUCUUCGAUAUGUUCCCCUCAUAACUGCACCGUUUUACUACAAAUCAUUUGUUUGUUCAGAUAAUUUACUAGCAAUAUUGGGAUAAAUGAGUAUUAGUACAACAUGGUAUGUAUGAAUUGGAAAGAAAAACUAGCUUCAUGUAAACCUGGACACCAGUUAGGCUAAGCAUAUAAUUAAAAGUUCGUCAUACAUUUAUUCCACCUGACGUCCAUAUCUGGAAUCUAAUCUGCAAGAUCAGACUGUCAAUGUGUGUGAUCCAUUACUAACAUGUUAGUCGCUCAUAUAUCUAUGGUAACCUGUUUUAUGAUGUGUGCCAAGUGUUAAAGAAUGUGAUCUGGAAAGCUCUUGUGAUGUGCACUUUAUAUUUUGCUGCUUUUUGUCUUUAUUUCCAGCAGGUUUAUUAGAAAGAGAAUGGUACACUGAGCUUAUGUCAACUUUAAUGUAUAGAUGAGCAUGCGGACCGUUGUAAUUUAUUGUCAUUCACUAUUACUGUUAGAGGAAAUAAUAAAGUGACACUGUUGAUAAAAUGAA